AUGCCAUCCACAGUGACCAAGCCUGAAUUGGAGCACUUUGUACCGGUCAAGCCUACGUCCGAACCUCUCGAAUAUGCGAAACUGGUCACACUAGACCUAUCAACCUAUGAGAAUGGGCCAGACGCCCGCAAGAAGCUCGCUGAGGAGCUGAAACACGCCAUGAGAACCCAAGGUUCCUUCGUUGUGGUUAACCACGGCAUUUCCAUUGAGCAGAUCGACCGGCAAGUGGAUAUUGGCUACCAUGUGCUCACAAAAACACCCUUAGAGGAAAAGCAGCGCCUCGAAGGGAAGAUGAAACAGGAAGGCAGCUACCAAGGCUUCAAACUCCGCAACUACUGGCAAAUCGAUCAGGGCGUUAAGGAUCAGAUUGAGCAGUACAACUGGAAUCGGGAUCUCACUCUGCGAGAACAUCCUUCGACCUUCACCCCUUUCAAAGACGAGAUUCAGGAAUUAAACGAACAUGUCCACAAAGUGAUCUUGUUUCGGCUAUUGACACUCUUUGCCAUCUCGCUUGACCUACCGGAGGAUUUCUUCGUCUAUCUCCAUAAGUAUGAGGUUCAUGAUGAUUCCUGGUUCCGGUACAUGAUGUACUUUCACAGUCAUAAGGCCGAAGACAUGGAAAAAACUGGUGGAGUUUGGCUUAAAGGCCACUGUGACUUUGGUUCAAUAACCAUGUUGUUUAGUCAGCCGAUGGCUUCCCUACAGCUAAUGGACCAUUUCACGGGAAAGUGGCAAUGGGUUCCAUACGUUCCUGGCGCGAUAGUCGUCAACGCUGGUGAAAUGAUGGAAUGGUGGACUGGCGGCUAUUACAAGGCAACGAUUCACCGCGUAUGCCAACCUCCUGCCGACCAGCGCAAUCAGGACCGUUGCGGCCUUUUUUCCUUCGUUGUUCCUAAUGACGACGUCAAGAUCAAUACACUCUUGGAAGAAUCUAGCGUGCUUCGCGAAGCCGGAGUUGAGAGAAAGUUCGAGCCGUUUGGCACAGCCUUUCGACGUCUCCGCGUUCAGCUCAUAGGCGAGAUCCUUUGUCCAGCUGAGUAUUCCAGUAUCACAGCUAACAUGUUGCCAUAUACUGUUCAACAGUAUAUCAUGGGAUCCGAUCCAAGGACCAUCUAG